GUCACGUGGGGCGGUGGGUGUGUCGUUCAUUCACUGCGACGUUUUAUUUAAAGUUGUAAAAUGGCGACGGUGCAUCUGCGGAUUGGGGAUCUUGUUUGGGGAAAGUUGGGUCGAUAUCCACCAUGGCCCGGAAAGAUUGUAAGUCCUCCCAAGGAUUUGAAAAAACCCAGGGGAAAGAAAUGUCACUUUGUCAAGUUCUUUGGAACCGAAGACCAUGCAUGGAUAAAAGUGGAACAGCUCAAGCCUUACCAUCCUCACAAAGAUGAGAUGAUCAAGAUCAACAAAGGGAAGAGGUUUCAGCAGGCGGUGGAUGCUGUGGAAGACUAUUUGAAGAAGGCCAAAAGCAAGGACCAGAACUCUGAAGGAAAAGCAGAGUCCAAAGGAAAAAAGAAACCUCUGAAAAUCCUGGAUGAGGAUGAUGAAGACCUUAGUGCACUGAAGGACCCCUCAGAAAAGGACUUAACAGACUCUGACCCUGAGCCGUCCGCUUUGGAGAGGCUGGGGAGUGCGUCGGACUCGGCGUUCAAGUGGGACAGUCCGGUGAAAGAUGACCCACAUUUCCACCACUUCCUCCUCAGCCAGUCUGACAAGCCUGCAUCAUCAAUGGAACCCAUUAGUAAGAGACUGAAAAUUGUAGAAGAGGAUUCAGGAUCCACUUCCAUUCAGGCCGCUGACAGCACAGCCAUCAACGGCAGCAUCACACCCACAGAUAAAAGGAUAGGCUUCCUUGGUCUGGGGCUGAUGGGGAGUGGGAUUGUCUCAAACCUUCUCAAAAUGGGCCAUGUGGUCACUGUUUGGAACCGUACAGCAGAAAAGUGUGAUCUGUUCAUCCAGGAGGGGGCCCGUUUAGGAAGGACUCCUGCUGAGGUGGUCUCUAUGUGUGAUAUUACCUUCUCCUGUGUCUCGGACCCCAAGGCAGCCCGGGAUUUGGUGUUGGGUCCCAGUGGAGUUCUUCAGGGGAUCAGACCAGGAAAGUGCUACGUGGAGAUGUCCACAGUGGACCCUGAGACCAUCACAGAGCUCUCUCAGGUGAUCACGUCGCGGGGAGGUCGCUUCCUCGAGGCUCCUGUGGCAGGAAGUCAGCAGCUCUCCAACGACGGCAUGUUGGUGAUCGUGGCGGCGGGAGACCGCACGGUGUACGAGGACUGCAGCAGCUGCUUCAUGGCCAUGGGGAAGACCUCCUUCUUUCUCGGCGAAGCAGGAAACGCCGCACGUAUGAUGCUCAUUCUCAACAUGGUCCAGGGGAGCUUCAUGGCCACCAUCGCAGAAGGACUGACCCUGGCCCAGGCCACGGGACAGUCCCAGCAGACCUUCCUGGACAUACUCUGUCAAGGUCAGAUGGCCAGCACGUUCGUGGACCAGAAAUGUCAAAAUAUUUUACAGGGUAAUUUUAAACCUGACUAUUAUUUGAAGCAUAUUCAGAAGGACCUGAGAUUAGCCAUCUCUAUGGGCGACAACGCCAAUCACCCCACACCAAUGGCAGCGGCGGCAAAUGAGGUUUAUAAGCGGGCGAAGGCACUAGACCAGUCAGACAAUGACAUCUCUGCGGUGUACAGGGCCUACAUCCACUGAGGCCCAGGAGCAGUUCUCACCUUCACUCUCUCCCUCCACCAUAACUGCUUCCUUUUUAAUUUGUCUUCUCUACUCCCCGCACUCACACAGAUCCACUCGCUGUGUUCGGGGCAUCUGGAGCAUUGUGCUGGCUGUACUUGACUUUUUUUUUUUUUUUUACUGUGAGUGUCCGUGGCUGGUUCGUUCAGGGCGGAUAGAUGAGGCUCUUGUGCCACGUGGGCAGACUGUACUGAUAUUUAGGAAGGUAUUUUACUGUUCAUUUUUCACCUAAUUGCUUUAUUUAACAGUGUUUUACGUUGAGAAAAAUAACCAAGAACAUGCCACUGUGCAUUGCCUUAACAGGCCCUUUUGUCGCUGCCGCCCGGUUGGUUCUCGUUCUCUCAGAAGUGCGACUGUUCCCGCUCCGUUCAGGGUUUAUCUCCAUCGUGAUGAAAUAAAACAAUAUUUAUCGGUCCUGUUUUACACGGCGUUGACUCACAUGAGCUUUAAGUCAUGUUAGAACGUCGUCGCCUCAUCAGAAACAGACCAGGACUUGUUUUGUUUCAUUGUCACAUGUUUGAGUAACACGGGUUUAUCAGACUCUACAGCUCUGAAAACACUUUAUGACAUCACAAGGUGGAACAGUUGUUAGAGACUGGGCAGUUCCAGAGCUGAAAUGAUUCUGCAGAGAGUUUAAAAACACAGCAGAGCACUUCCUGUAUUGCCUGACAUCACAAAGUGGAACAGAGUGUUUUCUGUUUGAAGAACUCAGCCUAAAUCUGCAGAGUUUGUGCGUUAAACGUGUGAGAAUGAAACAAAACACAAGUCCAGGUCUGUGUGUGAUCAGAAAAUGUCAUAAUAUGGAGUUUAAAUAUCAGGACACACAGCGAGUUUCAGCUGGAUUAUCAGACGUUUACUAUGACGUAAAUGUCAAACGUGUUUAUAAAAAUAGUGUCUCAAAGUGAACACAAAUCUAAAGCUUAGAACAGAACAGAAAUAAAAUGAGUCUAAAGACAAAUUGAUUUUGAAUGCAGGAUGAUUCAGAUUGUACCCCUUUUUUUUUUUUUAACAUCCAUCAUGAAUCUGAGUUUGCUUUGGCUUCACAAAUGUCUACUUUUCUGAACAUUUCCUCCAGUAUUUGCCUUGUAGUAAAGGUCUUGUGUCCUGAUGUUUAAAUACUGAUUUAUUUUAGUGUGACUCUUCUCAGUUUUCAUAGAGAACGAACGGAGCGGAAACAGCAGCACCUCAGAGAACCGGAGCAGCGUGGAAAGGAUCCACAACGAUCCCAUUGGAGUAUUAGAAUAAUCAUGUAUUUAUUUGUUUCCUUGACCCUUUUGGUCCAUUUCGGUCAACGUUUGCUUCUUGUGCUUUUAAGUUUGAAAUUAAGGACUUUUAGUUGAACAGAGAAACUAUUGCGAGGCCUUAAAUGCGAUGAUACUUUUCCGUUGUUUUUAGAGCGUGGGCGCGUCGAACAUUUUAAAAACAUUACCCAGAAUUCUGAUCGCUGUGGCGUACGUGACAUCCUUUAUUUUAUUUUUUUUUCAUCGUGAUUUGAACAAUGUUUGGAAAGAAAAUCUACUGCAAAAAACAUUUCAUAAGUCUCUUUUUUACAGGCAUGUUCAACACUUUGGAUCAGAUUCAGUGACGCUUAUUUCUAACCCCGUUCAUACUGAGUGAAGGUGUUUUUAAGCCGACUGUAAAUAAGCACACUCUCUUGGUAGGAUUUAUUUUGUAUUAACAACGAUACAUGUGAAACUUUGACUUAAGUCUAUCGUGUCUUAAUAUUGUAGACUUAUAUUUGACUGGCUUUAUAAUCAGGCUUCUUUUCGAUAAUCUAAAGCGUUUAACAGAAGGAGGGUUUCCACUUUGGUUUGGGGGCUAUUUAUGAUUUUGUGUACUUGUGGAAAUAUAAACCAUUUGUGCUGUUUAAUAAAUCCUCAUAAUUACUGUU